ACUGUCAGUGUUGACAGUUCAUUGGAAAGAAAUAAGUCAACCUGAGCAUAACCUCACUUUUGUAUUUGAAUCCAAAGAUUUUUUGACAAAUAAGUAGAGUUUAAAUGAUUUGUUGAAGUUCAAGCUAUAACCCAAUAAUGGACGACUUUACAUGUCCAAGAUGCAGGACAUCAAAAUUCCAAAAUCCAUCGCUAAAAAUGAUGGUAAACGUUUGUGGACAUGGCCUAUGCGAAAGUUGUGUAGACUUGCUUUUCCUGAAGGGCUCUGGGAGUUGUCCUGAAUGUAAAAUACCUCUACGAAGGAACAACUUUCGCGUACAGCUAUUCGAAGAUGCAGCAGUUGAGAAAGAAGUCGAUAUUAGGAAACGUGUGUUAAGAGAUUUCAAUAAAAAGGAGGAAGACUUUGCUACCUUAAAGGAAUAUAAUGAUUACCUAGAGGAAGUAGAGUCCAUAAUAUAUAACCUAAGCAAUAAUAUUGAUGUUGUUAACACUAACAAAAGAAUAGAACAAUACAAGAGGGACAACAAAGAGCAAAUUAUGAAAAACAAAGGCAAACUCGGCAGAGAGGAAUAUGAACUAGAGGAAUUGUUAGAAUUAGAAAAGCAGCUAGAAGAACAACGAAAAAAAGAGAUCCAAAUGGAGGAGAUAGAAACAAAAAAGAAGAAGAUUCAAGAUAAAGAAGCUCUCAUAGAUGAGCUGAUGUUUUCAAAUGCAGAUGCAAAGAAUAUCAUAGAAACCUUUGCUCAACAGGCUCAGCAAGCAAAAGAAGAAAGUGUUGACAAAUUACCCAGUCGAGCUACAAAGUUUUCCACUGGUAUACAAAUUGGUCAAAGAUCAAAUACUACAUUCUUGCCAGUACCUACAGAUGAAGGACCUUUGUAUACUUAUAAACCAAUAAUACUCUCUGUGGAUGGGCCUAAGCCUCCUACAACUGAUGAAAUACUCUCUAAAGGGUUUAUUAAUCAUGUAAGGCCAGAAACUGAGCAAGGAAGGGCUGGAGGAUUCAGAUCUAUUAUUGCAUGUUCAAGAGCUCUGCAAGAUUCAAUGUCUGGACUUUUUCAUAGCAAAAAGAGUUCAACUGUUCAUUAGUAAAGUACUGUAUGAUGUAUAUAUAAUGUUAUUAAUUUAUUGUACUAUUAAGCAUUACUUGAUUAACUAAAUGAUUCAAUGUUAUGAAACUA